AUGCAUGAAUGUUUUAAAAAUGUACCGAGUAGUAGUCGAACAAUUUUGGAAACACCAAUAAACUCUUCAAAUUUAAUUCGAAAUGUGAAACCAGGUAUUUAUUAUCAUUUCGGUUUAGCCAAAGGUAUUCAGAUGUAUGCUCCAAAUAAUUUGAGUACUAUUAAAAUUGCAAUAGGAAUUGAUGGACUGCCACUAUCUAAAAGUAGCAGUAGUCAAUUUUGGCCCAUAUUGGCAUACAUUGCAAAUCAUCCAUCAUAUAAGACUGUUUUUCCUAUCGGAAUUUAUCAUGGAAAUAAAAAACCUAGUGACAGUAAUGAUUUGUUAUUAGAUUUUGUUGAAGAAGUCAAACAUUUAACUUUAAAUGGUAUAAUUUUAAAUAACACCAAGGUAAAUGUUGUAAUACAAUAG